AUGGACGAAGAAACAACGGGGCAAAGUUGUCGAAAAUGUGACGCAGCGGACAACGAGAGUAUGGUCCAGUGUGACACCUGCGACGCCUGGUACCACUUCAACUGCGUUGGAGUACAUAGCAAUGUGGCUGACGAAAGCUGGAGCUGUGAAAGCUGCCAGAAUCAUGCAUCAACCACGAACGCACAUCCAACCGCAUCGUCAUCGCCAACUACCAAGCAAGGUAACCGGCACGUGAAUUUUCUCCUAACGUUUCGAACAAUUGCGAAGAUAUCUAACUCAACAGUCAAUCCGCUUCUAAAACCUGCGACUAAUAUAGCAAAUUCUACAGUUACUACCGCUACUCCAGUAUCCACGAACUUUUCGACCUGGGCUUCUUCGAACUGGAAUUUCGAACCCAGUACAUCAGUUCAGGAAUCGCAACUGCCAAAUAAAUCAAGUGAGUAUAACCCAGGGCUACAACAAUUCACAACGGGCAGCGUCGCCACCUCUGCAAAUGAGAUCUCGUACAGUCAACCAAAAGUACUCUCGUCGGUGCAGCAAGCAGGUAUACGAAAUGGCCAAGGUAUGCAGAUGCCAUCCAACUCCGAAAUAUAUCGAAACCUUCAGUUUGAAAAGUUGGAAGAGCAGAUGAAAUUGCAACAACAAUAUUUGGACAACAAAUAUAAGAUUCUUUCGCAGUAUAACGACCUGCCCUCAUCCAGCAUUUCGACGGCCUCUUUUAGCAAUGGGCCUACACCUGGGCAAUUAGCAGCAAGGCAGGCCAUACCCAAGCAGCUCCCAACCUUUAAUGGCGACCCUGAAGAAUGGCCGCUGUUUAUUAGCAGUUUCGAUAACAGCACUACGGUCGCGGGGUACACCGAUGCGGAGAAUUUAAUUAGAUUACAAGCGAGCCUUAAAGGCAAAGCACGGGAGAUGGUAAAAUGUAAAUUGUUUUUGCCGUCCAUGGUCCCUGAGAUCAUAAAAACUCUUAGAAUGUGCUUUGGCAGACCUGAACACAUCCUUGAGCGCGCAAUGAAUAAAGCUCGUGCUAUGCCUGCACUGAAGGAUAAAUUGGAGGGCCUUAUUGAAUUUGCACUCUGCGUCAGGAAUAUUUGUGCCACGAUGGAGGGAUGCCAAAUGUACAUGCACCUGCAUAACCCACUGCUCGUCAAGGAGUUGGUUGACAAGCUCCCCAACAACCAAAAGCUGAACUGGGCGGUUCACCCGAAAGAUGAAAAGACUCCGGUGGUGAAACAAUUCAGCGACUGGUUGUACAAUCUAGCCGAAGCAGCCAGUACUGUCGUCUCUUUAGCACCUGCUAAAAGUAGUGCUACGUUUAACAAGCAUACUAUCGACGUGAACACUCAGCAUCCAUCACCAGCUCGCAACAUACCAAGGAGCAAGCAGUGUAUAAUUUGCAAGAGCAACGAUCAUAAGGUAAUGCAAUGCGACACUUUUAAAAAAUUUACACUUCAGCGAAAAUGGGAGGAAGUUAAGGCGAACAACCUCUGUCGCCAAUGUUUGAAUCCGCAUAGACGGAAAUGUUUUAUGAAUAAAGUAUGUGGUGUAGAUGGUUGCACUAUAAAACAUAGUCCGUUACUACAUAAAACAAUCACGGUAAUGAGCCAACAAAAACCCAUCGCCGUAAGUACAAAUACAAACGAAUUUUUAGAUGCGCAGAUAAAUACGCACAGUAGCAGCCACGAAGAAAUGCCACCACUCUUCAGAAUCGUUCCGAUUCGCAUUUAUUCUAAAAAUAAAGUACUGAAUAUAUUUGCAUUUUUAGAUGAAGGCUCUUCUGUGACGCUAAUGGAAAAAAGAAUAUUUGAUGAAUUAGGCUUGAAAGGUGAACGAGACCCUCUGUGUUUGCGGUGGACAGGUAACACGACGCGUGUUGAAGAAAAUUCUGUGCGGGCGGCCAUCGAAAUUUCGAGUGUGACAAAUUGGCAGAAAUAUACUCUCAAGAAUAUUCAUACUGUUGACGAUCUCAAUCUUCCGGCACAGUCAAUCAAUGCAUCUGCGAUGGAGCGGCUAUAUCCAUAUCUAGCGGGACUGCCAAUUGCAUCAUAUAACAACGUAAAACCAUCAUUGCUUAUCGGUGCGGACAACUGGAGGUUGGCAAUUCCACUCAAAAUUAGAGAGGGAACCUGGUUCCAGCCCAUAGCGUCAAAAACCCGUUUAGGAUGGGCGUUGCAGGGGUGCAAUUCAAGACAGACUGCCGAAUAUCGACUAAAUAUACAUACAUGCGAUUGUCAAAAAAGAUACGAUGAGCUGCACGAGACUGUAAAAGAAUUCUUCACGUUAGAGUCAUCCAAACCUACUCAGCUACUGUCGGAAGAAGAUGCCAAAGCUGUGAGUAUUGCGAAUAACACUUGUAAAAAGGGCGAUAACUUUUACGAAAUUGGGCUACCGUGGCGUACCUCAAGUGCAUUGCUACCCAAUAACUAUGUAUAUGCUUUACAACGGCUGAUGUGUUUGCAGAGGAAGUUUGUUAAGGAUCCUAUGCUAAAAUCUAAUAUUCAAAUUCAAAUCAAUAAUCUACUUUCCAAGGGGUACGCGAAAAAACUCUCCCCGAUUGAGGCUGCUAUUUCUAACGGUAAAACAUGGUAUUUGCCUAUUUUCAUUGUAAGCAAUCCAAAUAAGCCUGGAAAGCUUCGGAUGGUGUGGGAUGCUGCUGCAAAGGUGAACGGGGUGUCACUCAACGACUUCCUACUGAGUGGCCCAGACUUACUUAACCCACUCGUUAGUAUUUAUUAG